AUGGCUAAAGAAAUUAAACUGCUGGGUGUCACCAUCGACGACAGGCUAACAUUCAACACGCAUAUAAAAAACGUCUGCCGAAAAGCGAUAGCGGUCCACCAACAACUAUGCAGGGCAGCAAAAGUGAGUUGGGGACUAAACCCCGAAGUCAUUAAAAUAAUAUAUGUGGCGGUUAUAGAGCCAAUAGUACUGUACGCUGCAAGUGUAUGGGCCCCAGCAGCAAGUAAGCUCGGAAUCAUAAAGCAGCUGAGAGUCCUGCAACGCGGAAUUGCACAAAAGAUGUGCAAAGCCUACCGAACCGUCUCCCUGAACUCAGCACUCCUAUUAGCUGGCAUACUCCCACUCGACCUGCGAAUCCGCGAAGUUGCCUUACUAUACGAGGCUAAGAAGGGAGUAGCCCAGGAGCUGCUGGGGGACAGGGAGAUGGAACGGAUGGCGUCUGCACUGGAUUCCCCACACCCGGCCGCACGCGUCGACUUGGAGAUAGGAAGGGUGAUGGACCAGGAACAGAUCGACGCCAGUGCCAAUUCAGAAAUAAAAAUCUAUACCGAUGGGAGCAAAAUAGAGGGACGCGUUGGGGCAGCGGUGUCAAUAUGGAUUGGCAACACCGAAACGCGUACCCUCAAAUUGGCGCUGGCAAACUUCUGCACGGUCUAUCAGGCCGAGCUCCUGGCGAUAUGCAGGGCAACGAAGGAGAUUAGGAGGAGUACUGCGGAAAGUUUCGGGAUCUACAGCGACUCCAUGGCGGCCCUCCAAACAGUGAAAAACCACGGUUGCCUUCAUCCCCUGGCAGUAGAAACCAGGGAUAACUUGAAAGCUAUAUCCCGCCAAGCCAAGAUAGUUAACUUGUAUUGGAUUAAGGCUCACGCGGGGAUCGAAGGCAACGAAAGGGCGGAUGCGCUAGCGAAGGAGGCCGCCAUAAAUAGCAAAAAGAAACCCGACUACGACCUGUGCCCGGUUUCGUUCGUCAAGCGACACGCUCGAAUGGUGACGCUUGACGAAUGGAACCAUAGGUAUAAUACAGGACAAACCGCCUCAAUAACUAAGAUGUUCUUCCCAGAUGCAGUGGCCGCGUACAGAACAAUUAGAAAAGUGGGUAUGAACGCCAUAAGAACACAAAUAAUGACGGGGCACGGUGGAUUCUCCGAGUACUUGAACCGCUUCAAGUGCAAGGAGAACCCAUCGUGCAUUUGUGACCCCAACACACUCGAAACUGUCCCACAUAUACUGCUCGAUUGCCCCAUAUUUGCACAAGAACGCUACACUAUUGAAUGCGAACUAGAUACUAGGAUCCAAAAAGAUAAAAUAGGGGAAAUAAUAAAAGGGAGAAAUAGAAUAAAAUUCCUGGAAUAUUGCGAAAACUUAGCAAAUAAAACAAUUAAAAGAAACAAAAAUACAGUAUGA